UUAGAUCGGUCCCUGGGGAAGAAGGGACAGAGAACAGUCCCUAACUCUGUGUGGAUUCAGGUCGCUUGGGCCUAUUUCGGAGCGAGCCCGCCAGCGACGGCGGAAGCUCCUAGAAGGCGGGGCCGCGAAGAGCGGGGAGACGUUCCGUUGACGCGGGCGUGGCCCGCCUGCGAGGGUUUGGCGGGAGUUCUGAAAGCUGCGGAGCGGAGCGCGCGCAGCGGGCGGAGGUCCAGCUCUGAGGAGAGCUGAGGGGUGCGCCGAGCCGCGUCUUUGGGAUCAGACACUCGCCUAGGUGGUGCGCAGAAGGCCAGGACCACGGAGUAGAGAAGUGGGACUCAGCCGGGGUCUUGGGGUCCAUCCGGGGGCGCGCGCCAGGGCAGCGGACGCAGAGAGCGUCGCUGUAGGCCCAGUAAUGGCUAUGCAAAUGCAGCUUGAAGCAAAUGCAGAUACAUCUGUGGAAGAGGAAAGCUUUGGCCCACAACCUAUUUCACGGUUAGAGCAAUGUGGCAUAAAUGCUAACGAUGUGAAAAAACUAGAAGAAGCCGGAUUCCAUACUGUAGAGGCUGUUGCCUAUGCACCAAAGAAGGAGCUAAUAAAUAUUAAGGGAAUUAGUGAAGCCAAAGCUGAUAAAAUUCUGGCUGAGGCAGCUAAAUUAGUUCCAAUGGGUUUCACCACUGCAACUGAAUUCCACCAAAGGCGAUCAGAGAUCAUACAGAUUACUACUGGAUCCAAAGAGCUUGACAAACUACUUCAAGGUGGGAUUGAGACUGGAUCUAUCACAGAAAUGUUUGGAGAAUUCCGAACUGGGAAAACCCAGAUCUGUCAUACACUAGCUGUAACAUGCCAGCUUCCUAUUGACCGGGGUGGAGGUGAAGGAAAGGCCAUGUACAUUGACACCGAGGGCACCUUUAGGCCAGAACGGCUGCUAGCAGUGGCUGAGAGAUACGGCCUCUCUGGCAGUGAUGUCCUGGAUAAUGUAGCAUAUGCUCGCGGGUUCAACACAGACCACCAGACCCAGCUCCUUUACCAAGCCUCUGCUAUGAUGGUAGAAUCCAGGUAUGCACUACUUAUUGUAGACAGUGCCACCGCCUUGUAUAGAACAGACUACUCAGGUCGAGGAGAGCUCUCAGCCAGACAAAUGCACUUGGCCAGGUUUUUGCGGAUGCUUCUGCGACUUGCUGAUGAGUUUGGUGUAGCAGUAGUAAUUACCAACCAGGUGGUAGCCCAAGUGGAUGGUGCGGCCAUGUUUGCUGCAGAUCCCAAAAAACCUAUUGGAGGAAACAUUAUCGCUCAUGCAUCAACGACCAGACUGUACCUGAGGAAAGGAAGAGGGGAAACAAGAAUCUGCAAAAUCUAUGACUCUCCUUGUCUUCCUGAAGCCGAAGCUAUGUUUGCUAUCAAUGCGGAUGGAGUAGGAGAUGCCAAAGACUGAAUCACUGGGGGUUUUUCCUGUGUAAAAUGUAAGUGCUGCAGCCUAAUGGGGAGGACUGCUCCCAGGAGAUUCUUCACAGGCCUCUUCCUGUUAUGACUGAUAGGAAGAAGCUUCCGGGAAAACAGCCAUUGUAUCAGCUUUUCUGACAGUGUAAACAGGAGGUAGGUUUGUAGUCACAAAUUAAUCUGAAAUGUUUAUUCCUUCUGGAGAGUAUUAAUCUUUAUGUAAUUUCUUUGGUUUUUGAAAGAGAAUUAUGGAACACCUUUGACAUAGUGCCUUGCAAUUGACUCAGAUCUAACAGCUACCUAUUGGACAAUCAUAUGUCUCCAAGAGAGACCCAGCUCUUCUCUCACUUUUGAAUAAUAGUAAAAUAAAAUGCCUGAACUGUGUAACAAAGGAAAUGGGACUCUUUAUAGGUUAUCUUUCUCUGUCAGAAAAACUUACCUGUCAACCUGAAGCCAUUUUUAAAGUUGUAUGUCUGACCUCUCUUGUAGCGAUUUGUUUUUAAGGAGUCUUGUUUGAAGUCUUAUGGACCAUCAGGCCUUCACCAUCUACUUGCUUUGUCCUAUAUU